AAAGCAGCACACAUGAAAAAAUCUAUUUCGUAAUUCAUUCUCUCGUAAAAAACUUUUAGGAAAGCGUACAAAAUUCUCGAGUGCAACAAAAAGUUCAAAAAUAAGCGUGUACAGUCGUCGAUUUUCUGCAUAAUACCCAAAAGAAAUUGAUUCCAAAUUGCCCGCGAAAUCAUUAAACGCGAAGCGCGACAGAAAAGAAGAAAUAACAGAAUUCUUAAAAAGUCAGUUGAGGUUAGAUUCGUCAAUCAGGAACAAAAUGUCGUACCAGAUCAAGUCCACACCCUUUUUUCGGCGCAUGUUCAACAACAGUAAGAAGAACGGCCAAUUGCAGCGCUUGCGCGAGGAAUACGAGCGCAUCCAGGAGUUCAAUGACCGAACCAUCGAGCUGAAGAUGCGUCAGGUGCGCUUAAAGCGUCUGUUUCGCGAGAUCGAGGAGAUCAAGGAGUCGGCUGGCGGUAGUGGCACCACCGCUGGCGCCAGUUCCUGCACUAGUAAUGUUGGCAACGUAAAGACGUCGUCCCGGCGUCGUCUACCGCCCCAGGUGUUGGCCACACCGGAGAAUCAACAGCACAUCCAACGCCUCGAGGCACUCGCUCGCUCAAAGCAGCUGGGUAAGGAGAUCUCGCGCCGCAACGCGGAGCUCGCCGAGACGGGCGCCCAUUUUUAUAUGCGCGGAGAGCUGCGCAUGACAGCCAAAAUGCUGGCGGCUGCCGACGCCAGACGCGAAGCUGUGGAGCGGCGAGAGCGUGCAGCGAAGCGCAUCAGUUACGGCAAUGCCCAGUCCAGGAGCAAUUUACAGCGUCUGGGACAGCGACGCCAGCGGCGGCAGGCCGCCGGACAUUCGCGCAAUCAACAGGGUGCGCAAGUGGGCCACGCCGAUGCGGCGCUGAUCUCAACAACCUUGGCGCUGGGUCAGCAGAGACCGGACGAGGAGAAACGCGCCAUGCUCCAGCAGCGUCUGCGUUAUGGCAACUCACGUUCUAGCAGCAAUAUGGCACGCGGCCAGGCAGCAGCGGCAGCGGCUCGAGCGCAGAGUCCCCACAAUUUGGCAGCAACGUCCACAACACUGAUGGAAUCCGAGUCGGAGCCUUUACAUUUGGGACACUUCUCGGCAACAUCGACCACCACCACCACAGUAAUGGCAGAGUUCCAGGAGCAUCCCGAUUUGCUGCUGCAAGAACAGGAGGAUCAUAGCAGCAGCGCGUACGAUACGGACAUGCAUACAGCGCCGCUGGCCGCUGAGGCCAUGGAGACUGUGGACACCAUGGAGGUGCACAGCGAUCCGCUGGCGCUUUGUCGCAAGGAGACACGCAUCCUGCGCAUGAACGACUGUCAGAGCGAUGAUGCAGCGCCCGAAUAUGUCUCCCUCACCACCACCAUUGCCGCGUACCACCAUCGUCCAGCUUCAUAUCAUCAUCAUCAUCAGCACCCACACCAGAAGCAAGAGCCCCACUUGGAGAACCUGACUCUUGACGAGAAGGCACAGCCGCUGGGAUCGGCUACAGCGCAUUGGCAUCAAAUCUCGUUGAUACUACCGUGGCUGAAGGUCUUUAAAAACCGCAAUGGCAAUGGGAAGGAUGAGCCGGGCACUUCACAGAACCUGAUGCGCAUGGGCGUCAUGGAGCUGUCCGAUAAUAGCGGCAACAGCAACAGCAGCACCACCAGCAGCAGCAGCAGCAGCUACGAAGAUCUGCCUACGACAAGUACCCGGCCGACAGCCCCAACAACGCCGCCAAACAAUAACGAGUACGCAACGUCCACAGACCCGUCGGGGUCAUCAGCCUACACGUACAAGAAUGUCCGGAAGCAUGUGCAGGAGCAUGAGGCCAUGGCCGCUGCUCACACAACAGCAAAUACUCCAGGCGGAGAUUACGCCAUGUCCUCAUUUGAAAUGAUCGAUCCGGAGACUCCGCCAUCUCCAUCGCCCAAUGUACGUGCUCUGCGUCGGAUUUUCGAGCAGUGAUCCAAGAGACGCUUGCGGCUCAAAGUGCUUUUGUCCCCACAUGCUAUUGAGCGUUUAAAAGAAAUCAUGGACUAGACGUAACUCAACUGCCCGCGGCCCAAAAUGAUUCCGAUUUCAAGGCGAUGACAGUGGCCCAGGGACUACAAUGGUACUUUUUUCCGAAUGCCGUGUUCCACACAGCCAAUCGCAAAAAAAUGUCUAUUGUAUCUGCGCCACACACGUCUUGUCUUGUAUCGCACAGCCCUGACUAGUAGCCCCAACUAAGACAAAACAGACAACCCAACCAACACUUACAAAAAGCACCCACAGAACGGGAAAAUCGACGCAUACAUACGCUAAUCAAAUUCUAAAAUUAAUAUAAUACACAUUUGUUUCGAAUUUUUUGAAUGCCAAAUAUUUAAGUUAAAGCCAUAUAUGUAGUAAGUUCAAAAUACCCAGGAUCCGUUUAUAGAGAUUUGUUAAAACAGUAGGCAACAAAUUGCAAUUUAUUGAACAAAUUUAAUUAAAACUAAACGAAUAGAAUGCCUUUUUAA